AUGUCCCUGCGACUGGUGGGUGGAGGGAGCCGGUGCGACGGGCGAGUGGAGAUCUUCCAGCACGGGAUGUGGGGCAGAGUCCUGGAUAACCGGUGGGACGUGCGGGAGGCCAGUGUGGUGUGCCGGCAGCUGCGGUGCGGAGGGGCAGAAACAGCCUACAACCCCCCAAAGUCUCGGAGAGGGCUGGGGCCCGUGGGGCUGCAAGGAGUCCGGUGCACGGGGCAUGAGGCCAACCUGACCCUCUGCAAAACCUCCCUGCCUGAGAGUGCGCUGGCGGCAAGGAUUGCGGAGGACGUGGGGGUCGUUUGUCAGGGGAGCCGGCGGGUCCGGCUGAUGGAUGGGCCUGGGCGCUGUGCUGGGAGAGUGGAGAUCUACUACCAGGGCAGCUGGGGGACCGUCUGUGACGAUGGCUGGGACCUGCCUGAUGCUGCCGUUGUUUGCCACCAGCUGGGCUGCGGAGGGGCCCUGGAGGCGGUUGGCUGCGCUCGCUUUGGGCAAGGCUCUGGUCAGAUCUGGCUGGACAGCGUGAACUGCUCUGGGGCCGAAGCUGCCCUCUGGGACUGCCCGGCGGGGUCCUGGGGGCAGCACGACUGCAGGCACAAAGAGGAUGCAGGAGUUGUCUGCUCAGAGUUCGUGGCCCUGAGGCUGAAGAACAGUGACGGCUGCUCCGGGCACCUGCAGGUUUUCUACAAUGGCACAUGGGGGAGUGUUUGCUCCAACUCAAUGACUCCCAAAACGGUGUCGCUGGCAUGCAAGGAGCUGGGCUGCGGUGAUGGGGGGACCCUGGAAAGACGCCUGCCCUAUGGCAAGGUGUCUGGCCACACCUGGCUGGAUCAUGUGGAGUGUGGGGAGAGAAACAGCUCUUUCUGGCAAUGUCCCUCUGAUCCCUGGGACCCACAGUCAUGCGAUGAACUGCGAGACGAGACCCACAUCACCUGCACUGACAGGGAGAAGAUUCGUGCCGUGGGAGGCGAGAAUGGGUGCUCGGGCAGAGUGGAGGUCUGGCACCACGGUUCCUGGGGGACGGUGUGUGAUGACACCUGGGACGUGCAGGACGCCGAGGUGGCAUGCAGGCAAUUGGGCUGUGGCCCUGCGGUGUCUGCCCUGGGUGAGGCUGCAUUUGGGGAGGGGACGGGCCCCAUCUGGCUGGAGCAGGUGGACUGCCGGGGGACAGAGCCGUCUCUGCAGGACUGCUGGGCCCGGCCCGGGGACAGCGGGGCCUGCCAGCAUAAGGAGGAUGCUGCCGUGCGCUGCUCAGAUCCCACCCGUGGCCAUCCGACCAGCAGUGGGAGAGUAUCCUUGCCCGUCAUCAUCUGCAUCAUCCUGGGAGCCCUUCUCUGCCUGCUCCUGGCCCUCCUGGCCGGGCAAGUGCGAAGCACCAGGGCUGGGCGCAGAGGCUCCGAGAGAGCUUGGGAGCCUUUCCCUGAGGCUGUGUAUGAGGAGAUCGGUUACAGCCCGGCGUGGGAGAAGCAGGCGAGGUUCAGCGGCACGGGUGGGGGACCCUAUGCAGAGGGGUCCCUCACCAAGCUGCAGCCCUACCCCAGGGACAGUGAGGAAGAGGAUGGUCCAGGAUCAGCACCAGAUGUCCCUGUCCUGCCUGGAGGUGACCCAGCAGAUGGCUAUGAUGAUGCCAGAGAGGCUUCUGACCCUGAGGAGGAUCCUAUGUCUGGGCAGGGAGACUGGGAAUUGCCCAGAGUGCCAGAGAAAGGAGCAGGGCCCAGGGAUGCACCUGGAG